GAAGGCUCUUCUUGGAAUUCAUAGUAAAGUCUGUGCGUUAAAAACAAAACAGAAAGUGUGUGAUAUAGCUGAUAUCACAGUAGGCUAUAGUUUGUUAUGAGUGUGGUUGGAUAGGGUGUGGCACAGAGCUGUCCCCUGCAGGUGUGCACACAGCAGAGGACACACGGCACAGGUACCUGCUAUCACAGAGGAGAGAUCCCCUGGGCACCGCCGGAGACUCAGAGGAAGAUGAACUGGGGCUUUUUGGAGAACGUCCUCAGUGGGGUGAACAAAUACUCUACUGUGAUCGGGCGCAUCUGGCUCUCUGUGGUCUUUCUCUUCAGGAUCCUGGUGUACGUGGCGGCGGCCGAGCAGGUGUGGAAGGAUGAGCAGAAGGAUUUCGUGUGCAACACCCGGCAGCCCGGCUGUGAGAAUGCCUGCUUCGACCAGUUUUUCCCCAUCUCCCAGGUGCGGCUCUGGGCCCUGCAGCUUAUCAUGGUCUCCACCCCAUCCCUGCUGGUGGCCCUGCAUGUGGCCUACAGGGAGCACCGGGAGGCCAAACACAAGCGGAAACUGUACAAGGACAAAGGGAGCAUUGAUGGAGGUCUGUUCUGCACCUACAUCAUCAGCCUGGUCUUCAAGAUAAGCUUUGAGGCAGGCUCCCUGCUUGCUUUCUACUUUGUGUACAAUGGCUUUGAGGUGCCCAUGCUGCUCCGCUGCAGCCAGAGUCCCUGUCCCAACACAGUGGACUGUUAUAUCUCCAGAGCCACAGAAAAGAAGAUCUUCCUGUAUAUCAUGGGAUGCACAUCUAUUCUGUGUAUCAUUUUGAAUUUUGUGGAGCUCCUGUACAUUGUAUGGAAGCAGCUGUGGAAAUGUUUCACCAGGCGGUACGUCCCUAUCAAGGAGAAGGCUGUCAGCGACUGCCAGCCACCUGUUUCCAUUGUCAACAGGUUUGUCUCUGCUGAGUGUGAGCCCAUAGUAAACAGAGAGGACAGCAGCGCACAGCCUGCAUCCACCGCUGAAAACCAGCCUGUCAAGUCUUAAAGGGCUGGGACUGACUGGAAGCUCAUGUUCCCAUGUCAAAGUGAAACUACAGUGAAACCUUUUGUACCUGACAAAUUAACAUGAAAACUGCUCACACGUGUCACUUUUUACAAUCUGUGCUGUAGAAAAGAGCUGUAAAAGAUUUAUUGACAUAACUGGGCCUAAACAGAGAAAAGUUAUGGCCAGCUGUAUCAUUCAUUAGUGUGAACAGACUAAUUACAGAUAUUGAUGAACAGUCAAAACACUGAUGAAAGUUAUGUCAAUAUCAAACUUUGUCUACCCAAUCUCUAAAGAUUCUGUUUUGCUGAAGACAUGAUUUUAACUCAAAUUCAACAUCUUUCCUUUUUUGUUAAAGGGACAGUUCACCCCUGAAUCAGAAAUACAUAAUUUUCCUCUUACCUGUAGGGCUAUUUAUCAGUCUAGACAGUUUUGGUGUGAGUUGCCGAGUGUUGGAGAUAACGACCACAGAGAUUUCUGUCUUCUCUCAAAUAUAAUGGCUAACUAGACGGCACACAAAAAAAAGUGUUUAAAAACCCGUUUGUGAGUAGUUUCAUGUAGGAACUAUUUUCUCUCCUCUGAAAUACACCUACCAAGUGCAUAGCCACUGCUAGCCCACCUAGCACCACUGAGCUAGCUAACAUUACAACUCAGCAAAGGAGGACGCCAUUAAUGUUUACAUCUUGAGCCUUUCAUCCAUGAGUAGAUGCACAUUUCCUUCUGCGCAGUGAUAUGGUCUGUUGUGAUAAUAAUAAUAAUAAUAUUAAUAAUAACAAUAAUAAUAAUAAUAAUAACAAUGAUAAUCUCAGGUAGGGCUUAAAAACUACAAAAAUGCUAUUUCUUGGCAUGUUUACUGGGAAUGAUGGCAGAAUGAAGCCUCAUGAAGCAGUUUCUUUAUUUUCUGAGCCCACUAGAUGGCGCUCUUGGUUUAAAGAGAGAGGCUCAAAGAAUAGCAAUUCAGUGUGCUUUCAACCUUUUGUUGAACAAAAGGUGCCAGCUAGUGGGCUCAGAAAAUAAAGAAAAUGCUUCAUGAGGCUUCAUGAGGUUUUUUAGUUUCUAUAACUAGUAAUACUAGUUACUAGUUACACUGCAGCUGCAGAGCUGGAGUUAUGAGUGGUUAUAAAUAUCUUGAAUUAUUUUGAGUUAUGACUUGUUGAAAGUUCAUGUGAGAUACAACAGCUACAAAACUUUGACCACAGAAAUAAACUAUAUCUCUAGUUACCUUCUGAUUAAUAUGAGGCCCAAAAUAUUCAAUGUAAAACAAAAAUCACGAAGAAUCAGCCUGUUUUUGUUGUUGUUUUGUUUUUGUUUUUUUCUCCAGCAAUAUGUGGGCGAAACAGGGUGGAUGUGAUUGGCUGUUGCUUUGGCCUGAAUGACAGUGAUGUCCUAAUGAAGCCUCAUGAAGCAUUUUCUUUAUUUUCUGAGCCCUCUAGGUGGUGCUCUUGGUUUAAAGAGAGAGGCUGAAACAAUAGCAAUUCAGUAUGCUUUCAACCUUUUGUUGAACAAAAAGUGCCAUCUAGUGGGCUCAGAAAAUAAAGAAAAUGCUUCAUGAGGCUUCAUUUGGCCAUCACUACUGAAUGAGUGGACAGCCAAUUACAGAACUAUUUCUGCACUGUUUAUCUUGAUUGACAAAGAAAAAGGGCAUUUGAAAAAAAAAAUUGCUGGAAUUGAAUAUUCUAAUAUUAUGCAUCAUGUAAUGGAUUCAUUCACAAUUUCAUUGUUAUAUAAUAUAUUGUGCCUGUAUUCCUUUAUCUGAUCUUAAAAAAACAUUUUAAUAAUAAACAAUACAGUCAAAAUCUUGUUGGAGGUAGUUUAGGCUGCAUGUAAUUCUGACAUGGUGCUGGACAUCAGUGUGUCACAUCCUGACUGCCAACAAGCAUCAGAAGAUAAAUAUCGAUGUCUGAUUUCUCAGCUGAUCAUCUGAGAAUCUGUCAAUCAACUGUUCAUCACAAAUUACUUGACCUCUCUCCACUACAGUUCUAAUUUUGAUUGAUGACAAAUGAUGACUUACGUAUGCAUUCAAAGUAAUUGGUAAUGUAGUAAUAGAAAGUGAAACUAAAAUAUUUUGUGUACAAGUGCCAGCCAGAAAGGAAAAUCAGAAACUAACAAGAUUAAAACUCUUUGCUCAUUAAUGAUCUGUUAGCCUUCUAUUAGCUGUAGUAACAAGCAAAAAAUACUAUCUAACAGGACAAAGGUUGUGUGUAUUCUGAAAAUGUUUCAUGGUUCCAGAAACAUUGAUCUAUCAUUUGGCAACACUGAUUGGUUUCUUUGAGAGGAUGAAGUGACUGACUUAUAUCAUCAAAAGCAAUAUUUUGCAGCAAUCGGUAUGCGUGUAUGAUGCAUGACAAAGUAUAUAUUUUUAUUUAAAAUGAGACGCAUCAAACUUAAGAUUAGCCAGCCUAUUAGUUAUCCUUUGUAUAGAUUUUGUAAAGUUGCAGUUUGUUUAACAUGUAUACUAUUCAAAUGCUAAUUGUAUAUUAUUGCUUCUGAACAUGUUAAGUGCAAUAAUAAAUUAUUUAUACACCUUUAACUAAAUGUGUUUUUCUUUCUGAACCACAAAGUGAACACACAAUGUAAUAGAUUGUGAAAUGACUCCUAUGAGCACUUUGUCCCUCUGUCAUUACACAACAAUUCACUUUUAAGACGAUUCUAUUCAGCCUUACAAGUACUACACAGUAGGUCUUUUUUUUAAAGGAUAGUUCAACAUUUUGUGAGAUGCAGUUCAUCUAUAGGUAUAAAAAGCAAAAAAACAUGAGUAGUUCUAGAAUUUUUUGUGUAGACUGAAUAAAACAUAUUGAGCCUCAUGCAGGAAUCUAUAAACGAAAAGAAGUUCUCUUAUUUUGUUUGUAGCCACAAUUUGUUCUUUUUUUUUUUCUUCUGGAAUUCACCAAUGUUUUCUUAUUUUUGCUCUUCUCUUAGGUGAGAGAAAAUCUUAUGUGUGGUCAAGAGCACUCUUAAAAAGACAGGGGAAAACAUUGCUUUCACAGUCCACAAACUGUUGUCCAUCAUGAGGAAACACAAGUUUUACAUUUGAGGAACAUUGAAAAAAAUGCAUUAAUAUCAUAUAAUCAAAUUUAGAUUGUGUUUCAGAGUAAUACAAUGAUUUCAUCAAUUAGAAAAUGAAUUGGUAUUUGGCAAGUAUUUUUUUUUUUUUUAUAGUUUCAUUUUUCACGCAAAAAAACAUUUCAUGGUUCCAGAUUCUCAAAUAUGACGACUUGCUGCUUUCCCUGGUAGUUUAUUUUUUCCUCAAGUUUUUUUUUAUUGAGCCAAAGAUGGAAUUACAUAUAUCAUGUUGCAGUGUCUGUGCUCAGUUAUUUGUACUCGUACUCGUCGUCCUCCGCUUAUCCGGGUCCGGGUCGCGGGGGCAGCAGCUUCAGCAAAGAAGCCCAGACAGUCCUCUCCCCAGCCACUUCCGUCAGCUCUUCCGCGGGAACCCCGAGGCGUUCCCAGGCCAGCCAAGUGAUGUAGUCCCUCCAGCGUGUUCUGGGGCGGCCCCGAGGUCUCCUCCCGGUUGGACACGCCCGAAACACCUCCCAAGGGAGGCGUCCGGAAGGCAUCCUAACCAGAUGCCCGAACCACCUCAACUGGCUCCUCUCGAUGUGGAGGAGCAGCGGCUCUACUGCGAGUCCCUCCCGGAUGUCUGAGCUCCUCACCCUAUCCCUAAGGCUGAGCCCAGCCACCCUGUGGAGGAAACUCAUUUCGGCCGCUUGUACUCGCGAUCUCAUUCUUUCGGUCACUACC